UGAAGCUUCCUUGAUCUCUCUCAUCAUUUUCUUAUCAUUUUCCUAAAAUAAUAUUCUUUGACAUUCCAUUUUUUCAGAAGCGAAAGCAUCGAUCGUAGUAGCGCAUGCGCUGCUUGCGAGGUCACGAUGGCGGCUGCGGGGGAGAGUCACGGCAGCAGCCGUAGGAUGUAUAGGACUGACUCCUGCUCCUUCCUCCGGAGGAUCACCGGCCGCUCCCGAAGCUGCCAGCACCUGCUUCUAAUGGAAGCAGUAGGAGGCGUUACGGCCUUUACGCACAAGAACGGUCGCAACGACGAUGACGACGACGACGACGACAUGCCGUUGCCCGGAUAUGAGCGCUUGUCGCAGUCCAUGCGGUCGCCUGAGGAUCCCGAUCCGAUCGACAGGAAAAAGCAGAAGCAGAAGCAGAAGCAGAAGCAGAAGCUGAUGCAGUACGUGUUUGCGAGGAGAGGGGGCGAAGAAGGCGACGAUGACGAUGCGGAGGCGGCGGCAGCGGCAAAGACGGAGGAGGAGGAGAGGAGGAGAAAGAAGAAGAAGAAGAGGUCGUCGUGGUUGCCGGACCCGGAGAAGAGGUGGCCCAUCCAGGGGUGGGGAUAAAAUGGUAUAUUUGAUUGAUCGGUUGGUUUGUUGUGCUACCAUUUUGGUCUUAUUUUCGAUAGAAAUGUAUACAACUUAUUUAAACUAUGCAUCAUUUUGCAUAGUUCAAAUAAAUUUAUUAAAAAAAAUAAAUUUUGCUGUACAGAAAGGAUAACCUUCUAAAACGGUUGUUAAGGAAAGAUUGUAACAAAAAAAAUAUAUAUAUAUUAGCAGCGGUGUUUGAACCAUA